CACAGAUGUGAUACGUCGAAUUACUCUCCCGGUUUCUUCUGUAAGAGCUUGAAGCCGCAGCGAAUCAUGAAUAAUACACACAACACACAGACUUCCACUUCAACGAAUCAACCAAACAUUAUGCCAUUCAGACCUCUCAUAAUAAUACCAGGGAUGGAAACUGGCUGCCAAAUCACGCGAGGCUUGACAGAUUUUCCACCAGACCCCUAGACUGAAUUGUAAUGUUAGUACCGUGGUCAAAAGAUAUAUUAUUCCUACUAACUCAACUAAGAAGUUGUUGGAAUUCGGAGUCUUGCCCAAACCGGUGGUAAACUGUGAACUGUGAUGUCUAUCUUUACGGCUAUUUCAUUCAAUUCAGCCAGCCCAUGGUGUAUCAGCCCUUGUCUGAGUUAGCUGAACAUUCUCUAGCUCUUCCCCCCUGCCCAAAAAGAACAGGUUGUGAGAUGAUAUGAGGCGAGGGAGAUGCGAGGGGAAGCGAUGCCAACCACAAUGAGAUCGACCUUCGGGACACAGGAGUCAAAGUGUUAGCGGGAAAAUACACGUUCGAAUGUACGCGGCGUAAAAAAUACUGCGGAACAGCACGCUAAAACAAAAUACCGAAGACCUAACGGUGGCUGACGCCCAGGCCAAUAUCUGCAUGGUGUGACUUUAGGGGGAAGCGACUUGCAUGAGUUUUCUGUUAUUCGUGACAAACUUACUCCGUACAUACCUAUUCAGAAAAGCGCAAUUAGAAAUCCUAUGGAUUUUCACUGGCCGAAGAAGGUUAUCUCCAAAAAAAGUACUCUGUACCAUACAGGCACAUUCCAGAUCCAAAUACUUGUGGUUCCAUUUUUUGCUGGAUGGCUAGCUGUUUGAUCGACGGUCGGUAUUCUAUCACCGGGAUGCAGUCAGUCUCCUGACAACAGCAUUCUUGCCAAUGACUUAUCACACCCCAAGCCGGGGGUAUUUACUAAAUUACCAGCAGGAAACUAUCUCUUGUUAUAUUCUUUUCAUCGGUUUAUGCCGUUGAUUCCUGAAACCCGAGCGAUCGGUUCCAAAAAUUGUCCUUACAAAAGAACAAGCUGGGGUUUGGGGGCAUGGCUGGGCAGUGGGUUCGCCAUAGCUCCGGCCUAAUCCUCGGCAGACUGGGUAAAACCGCCCGGCCGGGCCCCCGGGCGCCGUCUGAUUGGAUUGCAGUCCAUCUUCUUUGUUGUCAUUUCUCCACUCAGGUUCACUGGUUGCCGUUGUUCGAAGGGAACGGAAACCUGAUUACCAACAGUGCGUAAUUGGGUAAUCUGCGGGACUGAGAGCAUGACAAGUGGUGACAAGAUGCUAGCUGUAUUGUUGCUUUGGCCAGGUCGUUACGACGGAAGUUCCAGCAGUUCCCUUCGAAUGGCUAGCUAGCCUAAGCUAGACCUACCUUGUCGGUCUCCCUGAACAGAAUCGCCAAGACGUCCUCUCCUGGUGUUUUAUUUUUCAAGACCUUCUGUCAUAAUGGUGCGCUGUGUUGCGGCAACCAUGACGAUGAUACAGUGCCGUCGUUUUUUCAUUACCUCAUACUCUGGGUAUUCUACUCUGUAGGGUCCUGCAGAAUUCAAGGAGGUCCACUUUCAGUUGAUGGACCUGUCUCCUCUGCAUUCCCCUGUCCACUUACCGCUAGCCUGGUUCGAUAAACUUUUGUGGCUGAUCAAGGGUUGUUCGUCUCUCAGCAGAGUGCCACUCACUCCUCCCUAGUCAAUUAUUGACGCAUUGGCGAGAGACGGCCGCCUCGAAACCAGCGGCUCUGUGCACAACAGCUUGAAUGGUUUUGGCAUGCUCCGCUCUUCCGCCCUUCUUCCACUCUUUCCUUUUUAGAUCUCCAGUCCUCGCACUCGUCUCCUCUGCUUCCUUCACUCUCAUCUUUUGCUUUCGUUUCGCCAAACUCGAUAAUAAGACCAUGGAGUCGGUACCUUCCUACGUUUGAUGGCUUGCUGCAAAACAUUGGAUCCUCCUCACCGAACCCCCUACUUGUUCUCAAACUGUCCUACUAUCUCUCCAUCCCCUUUCAUAGAAACAUCAGCCAACAUGAAGAAUUCAAUACCAUCCGAAGUUUGGGAAGGCAAACGUGCUGAAAUUGCAGUUCUUUACAAAGAAGAAGAAUGGCCUCUGAAACAAGUCAUUAAGAAAAUUAGAAGCGAAGAUUUUAACCCGACUGAAACCCAACUCCGCAGUAGAUUGAAGAAAUGGGGAGUUACCAAACCAUCGCGCCAAAAGAGGAAGAAGCAGAGCGACGGAUUGACCACAUGCGCUACCGCCAAGCACCCAAAUCGGUUAGAAUUGACCACGGUGAACGAACCAUCGUCAACUCAAGCGGCAUCUUUCCCCAGCAGGGUCGGAUGGGAUGAUCCGAAAGGAUGGAUAGUGCCAUCAGGAUAUAGCCAACACCACUUGCUGAAAGAAUCACCAUUGCUCGAAGGACAAUCAGGUUCAGCGGAUUGGACCUCGUCUAAUAGUAUCUCCAAUAACAUCCAUCCACCAUUCUUGCUACAUCAUUUCCCAACCCCAUCGCCGUUAUCUUCCGUCCAUUCCUAUGGGCAUCCGAACCCUACCAUAAGCUCUAUAGCAGAUAGCGCCAUAAAUCAACCCAUGGAAUGCCACUCAAGAUUUACGGGUUCUGGGACCAAUAUUUCCGUGAGCGAUUCGUUCGUGAAGCCGUAUCCUGGAGAGUGGUCAUUACAGACAAGUCCUGUCAAUACAGAAAACAAUCCGAUGACUCCAUGGAGCUAUAUUACACCUGAUGUAUCCCAAUCAUGCCCAUCCCAUCUCUUUGCCUUAGGUGAUGGAAGCGCCGCAGUUCCAGACUAUACGGAAUAUAAUGAACCAACACCCAGUGAGGAUUAUGCUCAACAAUAUGGGGGUUCUCCAGCACUGUCACCUAAUUCUGAGCUAGAGUUGCUGCAGUCGAAUCCUGAAAUCAAGGCUUGGAGACGUGCUGCUUCCACACAUGUUCACCCGAACGGGAUCGAGACAACCAAUCCAAGGGUCGGUCGUGAUCCUCUAAGACGACGUCGGCCAGAAGUGAAACGUAAAAGGAUUCUGCAUCGGCAAAACAACGCCUGACCACCAGCCAAUCGCAGUUUGAAGUUUUGAACCAAUCUGCUAUGCAUCUAAAUACUUCCCUCCCGAUUCCAGAAGCAAUUCUAGCAGCCGAAACGCGCUACCUUCGGGAACUGAUAUAAACCAAGAAUAUUCUUCGCCGAACCCGUAGUUGAAAUCUAAUCUCGAGUUCGGCGAAUUGAGUCAAUCCGGUUUCAUCGAAGGCAAUUUUAUCUAUAAUUUUGCCUCGGAUGAAACGGGAUCACCUGUCCUUAAAACUAUUUCGUUGCAACAUACUUUUCCUGCUUUUCAAUGAGCAUUCAGGUACAUGAUUUGCGAUUUCAUCAAACACAUUUUGUCUAUUUCGAGUCCUUGGAAAAGUCAUGGCGGAUUGGUACUUAUAUGGGAUAUUCAACUAUUAUGGAACAUUUGCGACUCGCUUUCACGGUCGCCUCUCUUUUAAUUUCUUGUGCAGAGUAAGACAGUUUACAUUUUUGUGAUCCGCUCUUUUUUUCUUUCAUUUUUAUUCUCAUUUUCACUUGUUACAUAGGGUUCUGGAUGGGAUAAUUUGGAAUGGCUGGGACUUUGGGCUAUUAUGGCAUUUGGAUAUGACAAUCGUUCUCUAUAUAUACAUAAUAUAUCUAUAUAUAUGUUGCCGUCAGUAUUUAAUGUAUCCCUACUUACCUUGUUCUUUGAAUUCUGUUCAGGCUGUUGCUCCUCGAGCUGGAUAACAUACUUGCAUCCGUAUUCUCUAAGAGCAAUUAUCGCUCACAUCAUGUCUAAGGUAGUACAACAGGGAGCCUUACCGACUUUUUGUGAGCCAUUGGCGCUAUCAAUUUCCCCACUUACUAGAUACAGAUGAUGAACUAGAAGCCUCUAAUUUUCCUUCUCCCUCAAACGUGUUAUUCAAAACUUACAUGCUCUGCCGACAUCAGUACCCCUUUGCUGCUUUACUGCCUUGGUAUGCUAUCUAGAUUGAUCUGAUCUUCCUGAGGGGCUAUGCAGCUACCGUGCUACCGUCACAUCCACGGUUCGCCACAACACCCCGACCUGUUGACUGGGUGAUUCGCAGCUCAUCAAGCAAAGCCGCUCGCCAUUAUAUGCGAUCAUUCAAGCUAGCGGCCC